AUCAGUUAAAAUUGAAAAUCUUACAAGCAACAAACCAAGAACACAAAAAUUUUAAUCAAUAAGGAACAUUAAAUCCUAAUUAAAUAAUAUAUAUAAAUAUCAACAAAAAAUAAAAAUGCGUUUCACAAUUAUUGUUAUUCUAGUUCUUGCAGCCAUUGCUUUGGCUGUUGGAAAUCCAGUUGAUUUAGAAAAGAACAUUAUUGAAGAUGAAUCAUCUCCAGUUGAUCGUAAUCCAAGAAUUACGUGUGAUAUUUUAGGAAGUGAUGCAGCAUGUGCAACUCAUUGUAUUCUCAAAGGAUUUAGAGGUGGAUGGUGUGAUUCAAGAAAAGUUUGCAACUGCCGUUAAAAGUCAAUUAAUUAUUUCUCUAAAGAUUAUUUAAUUUCACAAUAAUAUCCUCAAUUUGUAUGCU